AUGGCGCCAGAACGACCCUCGAAAUUGGUCAAGCUCAGACUACCCAGCGGCGACCCCCUCAGCCCCCCAAGGAUAGUUCUUCCUGGCAUAGAAGAAGACGAGGAAGAGUGGGCGCUCCCUCCCCGCGCGUCGCGGCAAGCCGACAUCCCUACCUUGAGGGCCCCAGAGCAACCCCCCGCGUUUCCGUUCCAGGGGGCGAAUGAGAUCUCACCAGGGACGUACGGCCAGUUGCGCCCGCAGCAAGGGAUUGCGCCGCUACAGACGAGGAAUUUGCUCCGUGUCCGUGAUAUUAUUCCGCGGUGGGAUUAUGGACGGGCUGCUGCGGGAGAGAGGCUGGGGCCGCUGCAAUAUGAUUGGGAAGAGGAGGAGGAGGGCGUGGAGCCUUGGCCUGAUAUUGCUCCGUUCCAGGGGCCGGCGGAGGGAUCGCUGGCUGGGUGGAUCGCAAUGUACGGGGAGAGAAUUGGCGAGAUACUCGAUCGUGUGCCACCGCGGCCGGCAGUAGACGAGGCUGGUCCCCCUCUACCAGACUUCUUCGACCCAAUAUUGCUCGAACCGUCUGUUGAAAUUCAGCAUAUACCCCUUCUCAUCGAGACUUUUAAACCCGUCGACCCACCCGCCUCUCUCACCCUCCCAGUCGUGAUACCACGCCCCAGGCUAUUCUACCGCGUCCAACACUCUGCUGCUAUCGACCAGCACGGCAAUGAGACUUAUCCCCCCUCACGAACACGCGAUAGCACUGCCCUCGGCCUGAGCGCGGAAACCAUCUUACCUCUAUGCCUGGAGCGGCGCAUCAAUAAGACGAAUCUGGAGCGCGCGCUUGACCCGAUGAAUGUUCAGCCCACAAGCUUAGUCGCGCUAUAUUCGAAUUACGGAGCUGCAAUGUUUGAUUUCGAGAUGCACCACCAGAUGGAGUGCGCAGAUGUGUAUAUUGCGCACAUCGCGACAGAGACGUUCAGAUACGGCUUCGUCCCAGUGAUGGUUAAUCUUCCGGGCUUGAACGAGGCGCAGGAGGUGGAUCUGCCGGCGCUGGGACUUGAAGAGCCGCGAGUGCACCUAUUCUCUGUGCUGUCGUGCUUGGAGCUGCUGGGGAUCGAGACGGAGAUGUCGGUUGAUGGCGUCUGGUUUGCGAUUGAUUCGGUGCCGGCGCAGUUUAUUAAACGUAGAGAGGCAAGGGGGGUUCCGCUGGAUUGGGCAUGGAGAAAUUCGAGGUGGGCUAGACCCGGGGCUGGGCAACCUCCCGACUAUCCGCAUGCGCUGUCGAUAGCUGUUGGUGAGGACAGUCACUCUUCUGGCGAAGACAUGCCUCCCCCCAAUCUGCCUUACGCACUGUCGAUACCUGCAGAUGAGGAGGAACGUAAUAGGUCGAGAAGCGCGUCGUCAUUUGUGGAUGAUGAGACACCGGAUAAUGCGAGGAGCGCGUCAAUACUGGUAAAUGAGACCCCCAAUACGACGAGGAGCCCGGAGGUGCCAAGGGCAUCACAAGCAAGCGCUGGUCCUAGUGCGGCGCGAAAUUCGGGGGCCAGUAUUGCGAGGGUAACAGAGCCAUUGGAGGAGAAUGAAAAAGACGAAGGUGGAGAUGAAAACGCAGAUGAGAACACAUGGGAGAUAGAACUGACGGAUCUAAUCAACGAAGAGCUGGGAACCAUUAUGGGUGGUGCAGGAGAUGUGUUAUAA